GAGUCGCGAUGUGCACGCAUGUGUCUCGUGUCGACGAGUAUGACACCAAAACAUAAUGAAAGUCUACGAGCGUGAAUGGGGAAAAACAUACGGUUGGUACUGUGAAAGAAUGGCGAUGGAUAAAUUGCUCAUGCUGAAAGAAGCGUGGCAAGCGCAAUGGGAGAAAAAGCGAUUCCAUUGCGUCCCAUCGCUGCGGGUUGAAGACAGAAUCGUCUCUGUCAAGAGCAAACUGUCGAGCAACAAGGAGGUGCUCCUCGUUCUGAAACGCGCAAAGUUCCAAGGGCCGCUGAGCGACAUGGCGAAGACGUACUCGACCGUGAUCGCGGCUAAGAACUUGGUGCAGCUCGAGAUUCUGUACUUCACGCCGCACCUCAAGGAUGUCUUGCAGUACUGCGUCAACCUUCAAGACCUCAGCAUCACCGACACCACGGUGGACACGGACCUAGUUCGUCUCAUCCUGAGAAGUCCCCUCACGAAUUCGUGCACUUUCAGCAGAUGCAAGUUCGAGACAGACGCUCUCGAUGCCUUCUUUGAGUUGUACUUCCGGAAGACUCUCCGUCGAAAUUGGUUCUCGGAAUCGGCACUGUCGGACUCGGACGAAGAAGAGAUGAUGAAAUCUCAAUGUUUGGAUUUGACAGAAUUCGGAGCACAGUCGUUUCCCGGUUCGCGUAUUUGGCUGAACUUCGUUCUCCGGAUCACCGACGGGAAGCGUAUGGGCACCACACAGCUGUCUUUCCUCAAUUGUACUUUCAUGAAGCGACUCCACAUCAUCAAGAACUUGCAUCCAGAACCUGUGAGAGCCCUACGACAGAUCGUCCAAGACGUCAAACACAUAAUCUCUUCGCUCAAGCCGUGGGACGACUACUAUUUCGGCUGGAGCAUAUCCCCUGUCGAGGCAGUGGCUAACCGAUUCAACUCUUCUCACGCCGACUCAUCCCGAGGAAUGAGCGGGUCGGUCGAUCAAGAGGACUUCAUGUAGAGCCCUGAUAUCACUGCACAUAGAUCCGUCCUCUCAAUCCUUGAUCGACACAAUUUCUGCAGACGAAGCUCCCCAAAUGAGUCACAUUAAGCAACGAUAUCGUUUAUUUACGACCAAGGAGGCGUAGACCCAGACCCAAUCCACAAUGCCGCAUGAGUCCUGACACGCCAUGGCACGAAUCCCGGACGAAAAUUCAUACUUUGUUGGUUUAUUCCUUGCAAAAGCACGGGUUGCUAUUGAUUACAUUAAGUUUAUCGAGCGAGAUUGAGCUAGAUGCCUCGAGAAAAAAUCUGCCGGUACUGCGGACGUUACUCGUGGAGACCGCUGAGUUUCGGCUCAAUGUCAGAGUUCUGCAAGUUCAUUAUAAAAAGUCGGGAGCUGGGGAGAAUCGUGCGGCGUCUGUGUGCUGUAGAGCGAAGACGAAGCUUCGAAGUGUAUCAGCAAUACAUUAGGUGAAAACCGUCAGUGCAAUGUUUUGGCUUAA